AACAGCCUCAUCAUCAGCGCCGUAGCCUGCGGCCACCACCUGCACACGCCCAUGUUCUUCUUCCUGCUCAACCUGGCCCUCAGCGACCUGGGCUCCAUCUGCACCACUGUCCCCAAAGCCAUGCACAAUUCCCUCUGGGACACCAGCACCAUCUCCUACAAAGGAUGUGCUUCUCAGCUCUUUUUUUUGUAUUUCUUCCUGUCAGCAGAGUAUUUCCUCCUGACCAUCAUGUGCUAUGACCGCUAUGUGUCCAUCUGCAAACCCCUGCACUACGGGACCCUCCUGGGCAGCAGAAUCUUCAGGGCUGUGCUUAGGAUACCCUCUGAGCAGGGAGGGCACAAAGCCUUUCCCACCUGCCUCGCUCGCCUGGCUGUGGUGUCUCUGUUUGUCAGCACUGUUAUCUUUGCUCACCUGAAGCCCCCCUCCAUCUCGUCCCCAUCCCUGGAUCUCUCAGUCUCUGUUCUGUACUCGGUGGUGUCUCCAGCCCUCAACCCCCUCAUCUACAGCCUGAGGAACCAGGAGCUCAAGGAUGCCCUGAGGAAAAUGAUGACUGUAUCUUUUCAGAAACAUUAA